AUGAGGUCGCUCUUCUCCAAGCACGCGCGCCACCCCACCACGCCGCCGCCGCCCGUCUCCGGCGGCGCCGAGGCCACCCCGCGCCGCCGCUUCCCCAAGGAGAACGUCGACCCGUCCUCCCCCCACCCCCACCCGCACGCCGCGGACCACGCCUCCCCCUACCGCUCCCCGUCCUCCGCGGCCAAGCCGCUCGGCCCGCGCAACCGGAGCCUCCCCCCGCGCCCGCCCUCCUCCAACCCCCUCAAGCGCAAGCUCGACGUGUCCCCCGCGCGGGCCGCCGCGCCCGAAGCCGCCCCCGCCUCCUCCGACUCCGGGGUCCAGGUGGUGGUCAGGAUACGGCCGCCCUGCCCCGUGGAGGGGGACGAGCCUGCGGAGGAUGGGCGUGGCACCGAUGCCUGCGUGCGCAAGAUGGCCACCAACUCCGUCGCGGUCCAGGGGCAGGACUUCACCUUCGACGCCGUCGCCGACGCCGCAUCCACGCAGGAAGAUCUAUUCAAGCUUGUUGGGCUUCCACUAGUUGAGAAUUGCUUGUCGGGGUUCAACAGCUCCAUAUUUGCCUAUGGCCAGACUGGGAGUGGAAAGACAUACACCAUGUGGGGCCCUCUCUCUGCACUUUCAGGAGACUCGAUGGGCUGUGAGAGGGGACUGACACCCCGUGUUUUUGAGCAGUUGUUCUCCCGGAUUAAAGAAGAACAAGGGAAACAUACAGACAAAGAGCUAACAUACAACUGUACCUGCUCUUUUCUCGAGAUCUACAAUGAACAGAUAACCGAUUUGCUAGAUCCCAUGCAAAAAAAUCUUCAGAUUAGAGAGGAUGUCAAAACUGCCUGUGUUUAUGUUGAAUCAUUGACAAAGGAGUUCGUUUUCACUAUGAAGGAUGUAACCCAGCUGUUGGUGAAGGGACUGGCAAACAGGAGAACAGGGUCAACAAGUGCAAAUGCAGACAGUUCACGCUCUCAUUGUGUUUUUACAUGUGUCAUUAAAUCUGAAUCAAAGAAUCGUGAAGAUGGCUCAAACAGCAUAAGAAUAAGCAGGAUCAAUUUAGUGGAUCUUGCUGGAUCUGAGCGGCAAAAGCUAACAAAUGCAGUUGGGGAUCGCUUGAAAGAAGCAGGAAAUAUAAAUCGGUCACUUUCAGCGCUUGGAAAUUUGAUUAACAUACUAGCAGAAAUUUCACAAUCUGGAAAACAGCGGCACGUUCCAUAUCGUGACUCAAAGCUGACAUUUUUAUUACAAGAAUCCCUGGGUGGUAAUGCAAUGCUUGCGAUGAUUUGCGCUGUUUCACCCACAGAAAGAUGUAAGAGUGAAACAAUAAGCACUCUUAGGUUUGCUCAACGCGCUAAAGCUAUAAAAAACAACGCGGUUGUCAACGAACAAAAAGAGGAUGAUGUCAAUGCGCUUCAUGAGCAGAUCAGACAUUUGAAGGAUGAACUCCAUCGCAUGAAAUCUAAUGGAGGCUCAGAAGGAGGCAAUGGCAGCUUUGCUACUGGAUGGAAUGCUAGGCGCAGUUUGCAUCUGCUAAAAAUGAGCUUGAAUCGCCCUACGACAUUCCAGGCUAUCAAAGAAGACAGCGAUGAAGAAAUGGAGAUAGAUGAGAAUGAUGUUGAGGAGCCCAGUAAUCAUAUGGCAAUAUGCCCUGCUGGAGAUAAUCAUUCCAAAAUGUUCCAGGCUCCAGGGGUGACAAAUGCUGGUUCUUCACAUAUCGAUGCUUUUGAUGGAGAUAGCAAUUUGAUGCCUACAAAAAGAUCAUGUUCUGAUGUUAAUAAACUUGGCGAUGACAGAUCCAAGUUAAACCUUGCUGCUAGUAUACAGAGAGGACUUCAAGUCAUUGAAAGUCACCAAAACAAUGGUGCAUGGAGGAGAGCCUCAGUCGGGUUAAAUGCUAGAAUUAGGGAUGUUCUGCCUUGCAAGGUUGAUGUAGCGACUCAGACUGAUCCUGAAGAAUCUCAAGCAAGAGAUACCACUUUGGCUCUAGUUCCUACUUGUCUAGUUGAGGUUUCUGCAAAUGAGAGCAAGGAUCCUGAUGCUUGCAGGGAUCUGCAAUUAGUACCAGCUGAUGGAGCAAUGCCAUCCGAUGACCUAAAGCAGCAGCAAAUUCUCAAAGCUGUGGAGAAGGUUCUGGCUGGAUCGAUAAGGCGAGAAAUGGCACGUGAUGAACAGUGUGUGAAGCAGGCUGCUCAAAUUCAACAGCUCAAUCGUUUGGUGCAACAAUAUAAGCAUGAGCGUGAAUGCAAUGCUGUAAUUGCACAAACAAUGGAAGGAAAGAUUGCUAGGCUUGAAAGCUUGAUGGAUGGAACUCUACCGACUGAUGAGUUUAUACACGAGGAGUACAUAUCUCUUAUGAAUGAACAUAAGAUCCUUCAAAAGAAAUAUGACAACCAUCCUGAAGUCCUACGUGCCGAAAUUGAGCUGAAGGUACUCCAGCAGGAGUUGGACUUGUGCCGGAAUUACAUGGAGGAGAAAGAAGUUUUACAAGAGGAGAUACAGCAUCUGAAAAGUCAGCUGCAUUAUAUGCUUUCAUCGUCUGCAUCAAUUCGCAGGCUCUGGCCUCCAAUGCCAUUGUCUCAGAGCAUUAAUCCUUUGCAUGGAACAAAAGAUGGUGAUGGUGAUACUAACUUAGUGGACACUGCUGAUUAUGCUGAAGCUGAGAGUAAAUGGAUUACUCUCACAGACGAGCUCAGGGUUGACCUUGAAACAAAUAAAUCUCUUGUUGGAAGGUUGCAGUCGGAAUUGGAUUCAGAGAAGAGGUGCACCGAGGAAUUGAAGGAGGCGCUACAAACAGCAAUGCAGGGGCAUGCUAGAAUCUUGGAACAGUACGCUGAACUUGAGGAGAGGCAUAUUGGUUUGCUUGCGAUGCACAGGAAGAUCCGUGAUGGUGUUGAAGAUGUGAAGAUGAGGGCUGCAAAAGCUGGCGUCAAAGGAGCCGAGUUACGGUUCAUCAACUCCCUUGGUGCUGAAAUCUCUGUUCUGAGAGCAGAAAAUAAAGGCCUUCAAGACCAGCUAAGGGAUACUGCGGAGGCUGUUCAAGCUGCUGGUGAAUUGCUAGUACGAUUGAAGGAUGCUGAGGAAGCGACAACGCUUGCCAAGCACCGAGCCUUGUUGGCAGAGCAGGAGACAGAGAAAGCCUAUCAGGAGAUCGACAACUUGAAAAAGAACUAUGACCAGGAAAUCGUGUCGCUAAAGCAACGCCUCACAGAGUACUCCCAGCACAGCGAUGCUACACCGCGGCCUGACAACUUGCAAAAGAAUGAUGGCGAGGAAAUCGAGUCGCUAGAGCAACGCCUCAUAGAUUUCUCCCAGUAUGGUGAUGCUACACCGCAGCCCGUUGCCUCGAGUGAUCUCGAGCCUGCUGCCAGGUAUGACACUAUUGGUGGUAGCACCAGUGAGCAGCCAUGGCAAGGGGAGUUGGACGCACUCCACCAGCGCGGAUCACUUGAGGUCACCGACCUCAACUUGUGGUUCUCCGGGUACGACAGAUGCAACAUCUGAUUGAUGCUAGGCUCUGUAUGUUCAGUUCUCUCUUUGUAUGGUAGAUUAAGGAAUGGGGUGGUAGUGGCAAGCAUGUUGUACACCUUGUAAGCAUCACAAAGGGCGAUGCCAAUGACGACACAUCUCUUCGCCGUCUCUGCGAGGCGUGUCAUUACAUAUUUGUCAGAUUCUCGGGAAGUUCUCCCAUGUAUAUUGCCAUGGCACCAGCAGUCAGUACAUUCUAGGAGCGGGAGCGAUGCUCU